CCUGAUAAAGGGGUCUUCGAAGACUGUCGGCGAACGUAGGCCGUCAAUUACAUAAUGCCACACACCGUUUGAGGGAAAAUGUCAGUUUUGAGGGAGCCCAGAUGAUGAGAAGAGGAAGGGUCUGCCUCAUUUGCAGACGGUGACAUUUACAACGUGUCCCGCCUACAAGGCGUGGAGUCGUGUCUCCUCUCCACAAGUCUCAUUAGGGACAGAGGGAUGCCGAGAGGACUAUAGAUGGCCAAAACACGGGCUGACACACGACUUCAUACAGCAGGGCUGUGAGACUGACUGACCCAGCCUACAGUUAUCCAUAAGGGACUUAACGGUAAAAGAGCCAUGCCACCCCCAGCUGACAUUGUAAAGGUUGCCAUUGAAUGGCCUGGUGCCAACGCUCAGCUUAUAGAGAUGGACCAGAAGAGACCUUUGUCCUCUAUAAUUCGGGAAGUAUGUGAUGGCUGGUCUUUGUCGGGCUCUGAGCAGUUUGCUCUGCGGUAUGCUGAUGGCCCUCAGCUUUAUAUCACUGAGCAGAGCCGAGGUGAAAUUAAGAAUGGGACCAUCCUUCGAUUAGCAAUUUCCCCAGCUCGUGCUGCUCGUCAGCUCUUGGAGAGGAUCCAGUCCCAUGUUAUCGACGCUCGCCUGGAGGCUCUUAAAGAGCUUGCCAAGCUGUCUGCAGACCCUACUUUUGCCGCAGAGUUCAUCAACAUGGAGGGCAUUGGCACUCUGGCUCGCCUGGUGGAGAGCGGCACCCACUUUGGGGAAAUGUUGGCCUUCACUCUCACUGCCUUCCUGGAGCUGAUGGACCAUGGCAUUGUGUCCUGGGACCUUAUCUCCCUGUCCUUUAUCAAGCAGAUUGCAGGCUAUGUGAACCAGCCCAUGGUGGAUGUGUCCAUCCUGCAGCGCUCUCUGGCCAUCCUGGAGAGCAUGGUCCUCAACAGUCACAGCCUCUACCAUCGAGUGGCCCAGGAGAUCACCGUGGGACAGCUCAUCGGGCACCUGCAAGUGUCAAACCAGGAGAUCCAGACCUACGCUAUCGCCCUCAUCAAUGCUCUUUUCCUGAAGGCACCAGAGGACAGACGGCAGGAGGAGUGUUCUAACCCUCUGGAGCAGCACCUCACUGAAAUGGCCAGCAGUUUGGCUCAGAAGCACCUGCGGUCCAUCAUCCUCAAUCACGUCAUCAGAGGAAAUCGACCAAUCAAAGCAGAAAUGGCACAUCAGCUGUAUGUCCUGCAGGUAUUGACCUUUAACCUUUUGGAAGAAAGAAUGAUGACCAAAAUGGACCCCAAUGAUCAGGCUCAGAGAGACAUCAUUUUUGAGCUGCGCAGAAUUGCGUUUGAUGGUGAAACUGAUCCCACUGGCACAGAGAAGAGGAAGGCCAUGUACACCAAGGACUACAAGAUGCUGGGAUUCACUAAUCAUGUAAACCCAGCUAUGGACUUUACCCAGACUCCUCCAGGGAUGCUGGCUUUGGACAACAUGCUAUAUCUGGCCAAGGUUCAUCAGGAUACCUACAUCAGGAUUGUCCUGGAGAACAGCAGCCGGGAGGAUAAACAUGAGUGUCCCUUUGGCCGCUGCGCCAUUGAACUCACUCGGAUGCUGUGUGAGAUACUCCAGGUUGGAGAACUGCCUAAUGAGGGCUGCAACGAUUAUCAUCCAAUGUUUUUCACCCAUGACCGAGCAUGGGAGGAGUUCUUCUGUGUCUGCAUCCAGCUGCUUAAUAAAACAUGGAAGGAGAUGAGGGCCACAGCGGAGGACUUCAACAAGGUCAUGCAGGUGGUCCGUGAGCAGAUCACCAGAGCUCUGGCGAUGAAGCCGUCAUCGAUCGACCAGCUGAAGAACAAACUGCGAGGACUCAACUAUUCCGAGAUUCUGCGUCUGCGGCAGUCAGAGAGAAUGAGCCAGGAUGAUUUUCAAUCUCCGCCUAUUAUUGAGCUGCGGGAGAGAAUUCAGCCUGAGAUCUUAGAGCUCAUCAAGCAACAACGUCUAAACCGGCUGUGUGAGGGAAGUUGCUUCCGUAAACUUGGGAACCGCCGAAGGCAAGAAAAGUUUUGGUUCUGCAGACUCUCUCUGAAUCACAAAGUGCUGCAUUAUGGGGACUUGGAUGAGUCACCUCAGGGUGAAGUGCCUUUUGAGCUACUCAGUGACAAGAUCCCCGUCUCAGAUAUCAAGUCUGUGCUGACAGGGAAGGACUGCCCUCACAUGAAAGAGAAAAGUGCUCUGAAACAAAACAAGGAGGUGCAGGAAUUGGCUUUUUCGGUCCUUUAUGAUCCAGAUGAAACACUUAAUUUUGUGGCACCCAACAAAUAUGAGUAUUGCAUCUGGACUGACGGGCUGUGUGCGCUGCUGGGCAGAGAAAUGGGCAGCGACCUGACACGCAGCGACCUAGAUACCCUGAUCAGCAUGGAGAUGAAGCUCCGCCUCCUUGACCUUGAGAACAUCACAAUCCCAGAAGCCCCGCCCCCUGUGCCAAAAGAGCCUAGCUCAUAUAACUUCACCUACAACUACAGCUGAGAUGUGUGUGUGCGCGUAUGUAUGUAUGUGUUUGUAAUGCAUGCAUGUGUGUGUGUUCCUGAUGGUUUUAUGUUUUCUGAUUUUAGCUGCAUAUAUGUAAAAGAGGCUUCAAUUAUUCAUUCUAUUCUCCCAGAACACACAUGUUUAUGUUGGUGUAAGGUGGGGGGGUUUCAGGACAGCACAGUGUGAAUGAAUCUGAUAAAACAGAGCAUUCUACAGGCAUCAUACAGGCUUCAUUUCCAUUCCUCGUUCCUUUUGGUUCAAAGGUAUAAAUGAAAUAUAAAUAAAAAAAGCCAAAAUCUUCAAGUGAACUUUUAACGAAGUUCACUCUCCAAGUGAACUUUUUUCCUUUCCUUUCAGGAAAGGAAAAACUUUUUUUUUUUUUUAUCAAGCUAUGUGAGUAGUCUCCAUGGCAACAAAGAGUAAAGUAGCCAUAAUUCUACUUUAAAUUCACUCUGCUCAGAUACUACUAGCUCCCGCACAUGUGCAGACAUACAGUACAAAAUAACUGGCUCUACAUUAUUCUGUUGUGGUUUCAUUAUUUUCUAUAUUUGAUUAUAUAACAUUAUUUACGUUCUAUUUUAAUGUAUCAAAUUCGCAAUGUACGGAAAAAGCAGUUAAGUUGGAAGGAUAUCUGUCACAGUCUUUUUCAUUACUGUGACAAAUGUGGUCGAGUAAAGAUGUCAACAUUUUUGAUGGAGAAUUGGCCCAGAAAUGGUCUCAUAUCUUGCUGCUGAAACAGAACCAGGUCUGUGUCAUUCCAGUGUUCAGAUCACUGCACGCGGUCUGUUGUUGAUCUACAUGCUGUUGUCUGCACUGGCUCCACGUCAAAUCUGAUUCAAACCACCUCUCUGAAACCCAAAUGAAAUUGGGUAACCAUAACUGGAUCAGAGCUUGCAGCGAGCAGGCACCAGUGAACAGCCAGGUUUGCAUUCCAGUAUUACUCACCUCCCUUCUCAGACAAAUGUACCCCGCCAUCUCAGAGGCUGGGAACAGAAUACAAAAUACAUCACAGCAAAUGAAUGAAGUGAUCUGUGACAGUGAUUUCUAACCGGCUUAAGUUAGUGUGUAUGCUUCAUUGUGAAGAUCCUAAGCUGUUGUGUUUGUUUAUGUUGAGCGACUGGAGGAAUACAAGUCAAUAUUUUAUGAACCUUUUCCUCAAGUCAGGGCUUGCAUUUCUGUUGUCCAUCAUGUUAAAAAAACAGGAAUGAUAAUGACUCAUAGUCACUGCAUUGCCUUAUCAUUAAUAGAUUAACUAUCGGUUGCCAUUAGCCAUCACAGGAUAUGAAACAUAUCACAUCAUUGUAUGAUGUAGUUGUAGCAGAUGUAAAGUCAUUUAAUUGCUCCGUUAUGUUUCUGAGAAAAUACAACUUGCUUUAUGAAUCUCUUCAUUAAUUGUGAUAUUAGUACAUUUAUUACCUGUUUGAUACAUACGUAUGAUUUAUGUACAUAUUAUGUACAUGUACAAUAGAAUGCAAUUGCUUAUAUGCAACAUGCUGAACUUAUUUAAUAAUGGCUGACACCAGUGCUAUGCUUGUGUUUGCUUUAGGACUGAAGUUGUCACCAUAUAUCUAAAUACACAGAGAAAUGUGUUUAAGCCAGCUACAUCUUAUAAUUUCAUGUCAGACAUUAUUGCUUUUACACUAUGUGCUGCAAUAGUAACAUGUGAACAUCACACUCUAGUGUUAUGUAGGGGUUUAGUUUCUAAAAUACAUAUUGUACAUUCCAAAAAUGGAGGAUUUUCUCUCUUCUUUUUUUUUUUCCAAGAAACAUUGAAGAUCUGAAGUCUGACUUUAAACAUUUGUUCACAAUCUGUUCAUAAAGCUGCUCAGUUUCUCCCUCGUGGGUUUAGUGCCAGAAAAGUCCUUCACUAUUGUAAAUGAAAAAAGGACAAUUAUAAAAAUCUAGUGCUGCUGGUGUACGACAAGAGCACAUUAGAUUGUGUAAUUUUUUUUUUUAUAAGCGCAAUCAAACAUUGUCCUUUUAGCUUGUAGACCAAUACUAGUCACCCCAACAGUUUAUUAAGUGCGCUAUAGAAAUAUAUUUUUGUAAAUGAUGUUAAACCUUUGUCAGCUGUAAAGUGAGUGAGAAAAAGUCAUUUUCACUUUGCAUUGCUGUGUACAUACAGAACCAUCCAGCAUCCUCACCCUGAAACAGGAUUCUUUAGUAUCCACUACACUGUACUACUUAGAAAGAACCCCUUUCUAGCACCUAAUUAUGAUGUCAGCUUGUAACGUAAUGUUGAAAAUUGCUCUUACUAUCAAUGUUGUUGGUUAAAACAGGAGAUGCUUUUCCAGAAAAUGUUUGCUUUUUAACUGAUGUUGGAGUUGAAAGUGGUUAAAAAUAAUCCUACCGUGACCCUAUAAGUUUCACAGUAAUAAAGAAUAAAAAAACAAACACACAAACCAGAAAAAUGCCUCUCCGCUUGUUUAACAAUGCCAAUUUAAGUGAUGUUAGAAAAGUACACACAACCACAGAAAGACUGUGGUUGUUACCAGAUUGUGUUUACCUGAUGUUUUGCCAUUAGAAAAAAUGCUUUUUUUGGUUUUGUUGUAUCCAGUGAUAUUUGUGUCGAGCUUUGAGCUCUCAGGGCCACCGUGAUUACUCUUUAUUCAUUAAAGUUACUGAACCAAUAAUCUGUUUUCAGACGUCAACUGCAGUUAAAACAAUUAAAUAACUACAUGUAAUGUUAUUUAGUGGAUUGUUGUCUUAAACAACUAACAGGAUGACUUGAAUUUUAUCGCUUCUGGCACUCUUUUUUAUGACUUGCUUGACUAUUUAUAUACACUUGGUAGUGCUACUAAAGAAGACAGAAUGAUUUCAACUUUUAAAUGGUAUACAUAUUGAUAAUUGUAUGUAUAUACAGUAUUGUGUUGCCUUAUUGAAAAUAGUUUUGUGUGAAUAAAUACAAAGCCCUAACCAA